AUGGCAAGGAUAGCGCCGCCGGCCGCAAUGCUGUGGAGCUAUGUAACCGGUCCAAAAGUCUAUGCAUAUUUCCGUGAGCGUGACACUGCUUUCCCGAGCAAUUCACUGGAAUACGUGGGCGAUACUAUGCUUACCGUUAUCAACGGAUGUGGAUCUGUGUGUGCCGCUAUCUCGCCAAUCCUUUUGCUGAUUGCUUACAACAGGUCGUUGUUGAAUGGGACAAAUUUCAUGGUAUUUGCCAAAUUCACCGUCACAUAUUACAUGGUUGCGAUGAGUACACGCACCAUCGGAAGGCUAUUCAAUCCGGAUUAUCGUGUUUUUGCGGAUACACUGAUGAAGGCUGGUUCGAAAAGAGAUGAUUCUGUUGUUGCAGCUACACACCUGCGCGAAUAUGAUUAUCAGAUAUUUGCUGCUCCAGUGGAUUUCCAGGCCAGGAAAGAGCCAAGGAAAUUUUUCAAAACACCAAGCCGGUUCACAAGAGAUGACAGUUUACUGUACACAGUGUUUCGAGAUUACUUAUCCUAUAACAUCAUUUUUGAGUUUGCUCGUGGUCUCAUUUAUCCUGGCUCCAUAUCGUUUUUGAACAAAUUAAUCGAGUCAUUCCUCAUUGAGCAUCGACGUCGGCUUGUGGUUGAAAAGGGCGGUAGACGCGCUGUGGUGGUGACAGUUGACGGAAAUCGCGUGGAUGCAAUGUUUGUUGAUCGGCGAGGUAGUGGCACAAGAGGGAACAUUUUGGUCGUUGCAUGUGAAGGGAAUGCUGGAUUUUAUGAGACAGGCAUCAUGUUGACACCGCUUGCAUUGAAUUAUUCUGUACUUGGAUGGAACCAGCCUGGAUUUGGUGAAAGUGGUGGAAUGCCGACACCAAAGCAAACAACAGCAGCAGUUGAUGCUGUUAUGCAGUAUGCGAUACAUGAAUUGGGUUUUAGUGAGAAUCAGAUCGUUAUUUAUGCAUGGUCAAUUGGUGGAUUUCCCGCAACAUGGGCUGCUGCUAAUUAUCCGUACAUUAAAGCACUGAUUCUGGAUGCAACAUUUGAUGAUCUCCUACCACUUGCCAAAGCAAAAAUGCCACAGUCUUGGGCGCCAUUGGUUGAAUUCAUUGUUAGAACGUAUUUUGAUUUGCCAGUUGCCCUGCAGCUCGAAUCAUACACUGGACCAGUGGUAUUAAUUAGGCGAACACAGGACGAAAUGAUUACCACGGAUGAAACGGGCACCGAUAGCGAACGUCUUGCAAGCAAUCGAGCGAACCAUCUGCUAAAACGACUAAUCCUUACCAGACAUCCAAAACUGUUUGAACAUAGAGGUAGCGUGUCAAUGGUGGAUAUUUGGUUAGGAGCAAGCGCUGUGCAGCGUUCCAUGAUGCUAAAAGACUUUCCACGGCAACUCUCAUUCAUUGAUGUGGAAAAUUUAACGGAGGAGCAAUGUGCCACAUUGAUUUAUUGCUUAUGCGCCAAAUAUAUGAUCGAUUUUCACAGCAAUCACAAUACCCCGCUGGAUCCAAUGCUUUUCAUCAUACCAGUGCCGCUGUGA